CUCCCGCCCAGAUCCGGGGGCGCCGGGGUCAGCGCCUCUGCAGAGGCCGGUCCGGGGAUGCGUAUUCGGGAGAAGGUAGCAGCAGCUCUACGUGCUGACCCGUUGCUCCCGCGUGCUUAGACCCCUCAAGUUUUUGAGCAAGCAGCUCACCAUCUGCAGGGAGCGGGUCUCUGCCGGACGCUGCCUUCAAACGCAGCCCGAGGGCGCGCCACGUGCAUCUCUGCGACCCUGGAUGGGAAACCUUCCAGUCCUCAAAGAGCUAGGCGCGCGCCACGGCGCUGCUCUGGAGGCCAGGCAGCUGGAGUCCCCGAGAGCACCGCCAGCGCAGCGCCGGGAGCAUCCCGGUCUUCCCGCCCGGCCCGGGCUGUAGCCGUCCGGGGAUUGGCUGCGUAGGAGCGGCCCCGCCCCGCGCCCCGCGAGUCUCGGAGGGGCGGAGCGCUUAGGGAGAAGGCGCGAAGGCUCGGCGUUGCGGCUGCGGGCUGGACGCGCGUCUGGCGGGCGAAAGGAGAUCCUGUUGGAAAGAAACUGCAGCAUGUCCUGGAACAGCAGUCACUUCCGACCCUCUGCUCAACUAUUUGAGAAGAAUGGAGUGAUGGAGGAGCAGAAAGCGCCAAGAUUCAGGAAGAGAGAGACGGAGGUGUAUGUCGGCAAUCUCCCACUGGACAUCUCUGAGGAGGAAAUUCGGUGCCUUCUGAAGGACUUCAACCCUCUUCACGUCCACAAAAUCCAGAAUGGCUGCAAAUGCUUCGCAUUUGUGGAUCUGGGCUCCAUGCAGAAGGUGGCCCUUGCGAUCCAGGAGCUGAAUGGGAGGCUCUUCCAUAAACGAAAACUGUACGUGAAUUCAAACAGAAGAUCUCCCAAGAAGUCCCCUGAUGUGGCUGAGCAGCCCCAGGAGCUGCCGGUUUUGGAGAAGGCCUCUGGUCAAGGAUUUGCCAGAACCACUGCUUGUGCACAGUUCACUCCUAAAGCUUCUGGUGAUGCCUGUGUGCCAGAGAAGCCAAGGACAAGCGUCUUUGCGGUUCCCAUGGAAAUGAGAGGCUCCUUCUUGGUGCUGCUCCUGAGGGAGUGCUUCCGAGACCUGGGCUGGCUGGCCACCAUCCACGGCAUCGGCGGGGAAGUGGGCUUGCUGGUGACCAGUAUCGUCCCUCAGACCCCCUUCUUCUGGGCCAUGCAUGUCACCGAGACUCUGCACCAGAACAUGCAGGCGCUGUUCGGUGCCCUGGCCGAGGCGGAGGAGCAGCAGCCCUACCUGCACGACUUGGCUGUGCGGCGCGGGACCCGCUGUCUGGCCGAGUACCACCUGGGCGAGUACGGCCGGGCCUGGAACAGGUGCUGGGUGCUGGACCGCGUGGACUCCUGGGCUGUGGUCAUGUUCAUUGAUUUUGGCCGGUCGGCCACCAUCCCUGUGCAGUCCCUGCGCAGCCUGGACAGUGACAACUUCUGGACCAUACCCCCUCUGACUCAGCCGUUCAUGCUGGAGAAAGGUGUUUUGAGUUCGUACCAGGUUAUUCAUCACAUCCUCAAAGGGAAAAUCACCGGUGCCUUGAACUUGGAGUCUCACAUCCUUAAGUUUGAAGAGUUUAAAUAACGUGGCUACAGCUGGCAUGUUCCCUCUCCUGCCAUCACUCUCAAGGCCUUGGGGAAGACAGAGGCCACACUGGCCUUUCCCAAGCUCACCUCUCAGUUCAUCCUGUCUCUGCAGCCCCCCCCCCCCCAGCUCAGAGUGAACAUAUGAACCAAACACGGUUCCAUGAGGUCAACAGGUGGAGGUAGCCGGUGUAUUCUUUCCCGUGUCUCCCCUUUGUGCCCCCAGAGCAUGAUGUAAGUUGCCCUGACAGAUUCUGGAGAAUGGAGGGGCCCCGCUGCUUAAUUUUCCUGGCAUUCCGUUGUAGAAUCAGGUAGGGAACAUUUAAACAUUGAGCUGUCACCUUGGUGAAUAAAUGUUGGCAUGCUUCA